AUGUCCCAUGUUUUCGGUUGCCCGUGUGGGAGCGAAGCAAAAUAUGCUUGCCUUCGACGCCUGGAGAAUGCAUGGUACGACAACCGCCGUGCUUGGGAUUCACAAUCCACCUCACGGCACCUGCCAGGGUUCACACUAAAGCCCGAACUACAGUGGCCCUGUGAGGACAAAAUCUUUCGCCAACGCGAGUCUCCUCCAGAGCUAGUCGUAGAUAGAAGCUCGCAGAAUCCAAGGUCUGGGAACGCAACGGUCGACGUGGCACGAUACAAGGGUGUGGUCCUGGCGCGGAAGCGCAUGCAGUGGAAAUAUCCAGCCGACCUGGAGUACUUCAAGGAAGAGAGCCAGACCUUACGCCAGCUAAAGCAUUGCCACAUUAUCCAAUUCUUUGGCUCUUACACCCAGGUGCGCGACUAUACAAUACUGCUGUAUCCUUACUGCGAGUAUAACCUCAGCAGGUUCAUGGAGGAAAACUGCCAGGCAAGGAGUAUGGAGGAGGUAUUCGAGUACCCCGAACUGCUGCGGGAUCGUUUAUAUUUGGAAAGCUUCUUCCCGUGUCUAGCUCACGCGCUGAUGUACAUCCACACGAACACCACCCGCCAUGCAGACAUCAAACCUGACAACAUCCUCAUCAAGCAAAGCUUGGCCAAGGUCGAGGACUGCCGCCGCUAUCAUGUAUAUAUUGCAGACUUUGGGUCUGCCAGCACAUACUCAUCCGCAAGCCGAACGAAACGGUUCGCGAGGUCAACGCCGAAAUACUGCGCCCCAGAACUCGGCCCAGAUUCUGAGACAGAGGAUCAAAUCGAGUCCACGGCAUGGGGUCGUGCAGCGGACGUCUUCUCCCUCGGCUGCGUCUUUGCAGAGAUGCUGACCGUGCUGGCGUGCGAAGAAGUCGUUGCGUUUGACAUCUUCAGGUCAGAGAAGAGAGGUGCUGAUGGGGUGGCGCUACCGAGACAACCACCCCGUGAGACUGUGGAUGAGUCGUUCUGCAAGAGUCUGCCUCGAGUGCAUGAGUGGUUUGAGAAGCUUGCCAAGUUCGCCAGUGCAGGUCCAGUUGCCGGAAAGGAUCUGAGAAACUACUGGUACCGGCGCGGGAAAUUACAGGCGUUCGGUCCCUGGAAAGACACGUUUCUAGAUACGCUUGAUAUUGCGGCAUCCAUGUUGAGCGAGAAACAAGACGACCGACCUAAAAUUGCUGAGGUUGUGAAGCGACUUGACGUUGAUGACUGCUGCAAUCGUGAGAUAAUACCUCUCUAUGCCGCUGGCUAG